GCAUUUCCCUGUGAUAGCGUGCGCUUUUCUCGACUCUUUGAAGGAAAAUUGACAAGCAUGGGUGACAAGAAGAAGAAGACGUUCAUGUUCAUCCGGCUUGUUUCAGCUGCUGGGACUGGAUUCUUCUAUGUGAAGAGAAAGAGUUCUAAGAAAAUUGCUGAGAAGCUCGAGUUUCGGAAGUAUGACCCUAGGGUGAAUCGCCAUGUGUUGUUCACAGAGGCAAAAAUGAAAUGAAGAGGUGGAAGCAUAUGUGAUCAUUCAUUGUUGUUAUGUACUUUAUUUUGGAUCAAUAAACUGCUUCUGUGGACAAUUUUGAAAUCAAGUAGAGCUGAAUAAGUACUCGUUCA